AUGGAUUAUUUCCUCAUGAUUAUUUCUCUGCUGUUUAUGAUUUUUCAAGGCGCUCCAGAAACAGCUGUCCUGGGUGCCGAGCUCAGCACGGCCACUGAGAAGGAAGGUGACAUCCCCGAGACCAGCACAUCCUGGAGACCCCGCCGGUCCAAGCGCUGCUCCUGCUCAUCCCUGAGGGAUAAAGAGUGUGUCUACUUCUGCCACCUGGACGUCAUUUGGAUCAACACUGCCGGACCCCUUGUUCCAUAUGGGCUGGGUGCCCUUUUUAGACGGAGACCAAAGCGAUCCUUGAAGGAUUUCUUUCAUACAGAGGCCAAAGAUUCCAGUAACAGAUGCCAGUGUACUAGCCAAAGAGACAAGAAGUGCUGGAGUUUUUGCCAAGCAGGAAAAGAACUCAGAGUCCAAGACACUAUGGAGAAAGGCUGGAAUGACCUUAAGAAAGGAAAAGAUUGUUCCAAGCUUGGAGAGAGAUGUUUUCAUCAGAAGCUGGUGAAAGGGAAGAAGCUAAGAAGGUCAAAACCCAUCAGCAACAGCAUCAAGGCAUCCUUCCGUCUUGCAAAGCUGAAAGCUGAGCUCUACAGGGAGAAGCAACUGAUACACAACAGGACACACUGA